CCAUGAAGAGAUGUUCCAGUCGUGGGGACCGACCUCGAUGGGAAGCAUGAUCAAAGAUAAAAGCGGGAUCGUGCCUCACUUUACAGUCAAUAGACCCACCAAACAAGAGCGUCCCCUGCUUUAAAAAAAAAAAAAUCUCCAUCGGUGACAAUCAAUAAAGGACAGCUCUUGACCGUAACCCAGCGCAGCCUUUAACUAGGAAGGGCCGGGCACGGAUUUGGUAUUAAGCCUAAAACGCAAGAGGGCACAAUUCGAUGCACAGAUCUGGAGCUAGCGGACUAUUUAGCCCGGGAUAAUCGGGCUACUUCGAUUCCCAUUCAUCUCCCAGUCUUGCAACUCUGGUACAGAAUAAAUGAAAAGCGGAGAAUUUGAGGAGGCGGGCGCGUGCUGCUUUCAAAGGAAACACGCUCUCUGCCAAUCUACGCUAAUUAGAUAAAUAUGAAAAAUAAAUUACCAAAAUUAACUCCCCCCAGCACACACCAGCGCGCGCCAAACCUCCCACCCUAACCCUAAGCGAAGGAAACAGAUGAGAUCCACUCCCCGCAGGCAUUCAUUACACACAUAAAGAAAUAAAAGUUUUUUUACAAAUCCCAGAAAUGUCCCCCGAUCUGUUAUAGAUCAUUGGCAGGCGCCAGGGGUUAAACUUUGUCAGAACAGAGAGGAUUAACUUUCUUUUUCCCGCCCACACAGGAUAUUUACAUAUAUAUCUAUAUUGCUCUCUGCGUGUGUGGGGGUGUGUGUGUGGGAGGGUGUGUGGCUUAUAUACAUAUUAGCUUCUAUAUAUAUAUAUAGUAUACAUACAUAUAUAUGUAUGUGUGUAUUAAAGCGCCAGCCGUUCCGGGAUUUAUUUUUUGCGGAUAUGUGUUUGGUUAAGGGGGUGCAUUUCUGUUGUUUAAAAGGGAGGAAAAAAAAGGGGCCGGCUGGUUUGUUCUGGGGUCCCUCGUGGAAUCCAAGCCCCUCAUGGGUGCUAUUUUGCAAUCUCAGGCUCCUGCUAUUGGUCAGUCCAUGAUCAGAUGGUUCUAUUUCCUUGUGUCCCUUCACUGGCACCCAGCCAUCCCCCUUCAGCUAAAACCCAAUCUCCGAUAUACUACUAAUAGCUAAACCACUUGGACUAUAAAACACAACAAAUCAUAACGCCAGGGAAGGACGGCUGCCUCCUCCCAAUGAGUUCUUAUUUUGUCAACUCUACCUUCCCGGUGAGCCUGGCCGCUGGGCAGGAGCCCUUCUUGGGACAGAUCCCGUUAUAUUCCUCAGGAUAUGCGGAUCCUUUAAGACACUACCCCGCUACCUAUGGAGCUACUGGAGUCCAGGAGAAGGGCUAUCCCUCCUCUUCUUAUUACCAGCAAGCUAACGGAGCUUACAGCCGGACCACAGCCUGUGACUAUGGGACAGCUGGUUUUUACAGGGAGAAGGACCCUGCCUGUGCCAUCUCCAGCCUGGAGGACCAGGGGCAGUUUGGCCAGGAUCAGCGGAAGUCAGACUGCGCUCAGAGCAAAAAUGUGUUCGGGGAGAGUGAGGAACAGAAGUGCUCCACGCCCGUCUACCCCUGGAUGCAGAGGAUGAACUCCUGCAACAGUUCAUCCUUCGGGCCCAGCGGCAGGAGAGGCCGGCAGACCUACACCCGCUACCAGACCCUGGAGCUGGAGAAGGAGUUUCACUUCAACCGCUACUUGACCAGGCGCCGCCGGAUCGAAAUCGCACACGCACUUUGCCUGACAGAACGACAGAUCAAAAUCUGGUUCCAGAACCGGAGGAUGAAAUGGAAAAAAGAGAACAAACUGCUCAACUCUUCGCAGCUGAGCGCGGAGGAGGAGGAGGAGAAAGCGACGGAGUGAAAGUACAAUUUAAAAAGGAAAAAAAAGGAGGGAGGGAGAGAGAGAGAGAGGGAGAGAGAAAGAAAGAGAGAAGAUCAGGGAAGGUGGAGGGGACAGAGAUGAACUGUAAAAUAGCGGAGACAGUUGGAAGAUUCUGAGCCCUGGGACUCCUGUUUCAAUAAUCUGUCACAAUGAGGCUUCUUAGCUAAGUUUUUCCCCCCCCCUUCCUUUCUAUUCCUCCUUCCAAAAAAAAAAAAAAAAA